AUGAUUAAUUAAUUUGGAACAAACUUACUUUUUCUCUUUUACAUUUUUUCCUAUCUUAUUAAUUAUUUGCCUAAUUUAAUUAAUAUUACUAAUAAAUACAAUAAGUUCCUUUUUUCAUAUAUUAAUCCCACAUUUAAAAGAAUUUACAAGAUUAUAAUAAGUUUUUCAAAAAGUAACUAAACGAAAUAAUAAUUGUUUUUUAUACAAAUCGGAUGCUUCCAUCUUUAAUUAACACAACUUAAAAUCAUUUCUAUUAGACAUUCAAGAUGCCAAAUGAUUGUCUCAAAACUUCUUAAAAUGCCCUCACCAACUAUUACUCUCUACCUUUUAAUAAAAUAGAAUUCAAGUUUUGUGCUCAAAAUCUCAAUUUUAUUAUCACUAUCAUCCUCUUAUCAAUUCAUCUCAGAUUAAAUAUUUAAUACUUUUUUUGAAUAAUAUACUGAUCUUUUGUAUUUAUUCGUCCUUAUUAUGAUAAGCAAAUUCUCAUACAUCUUCUAGUUUUCUUAAUUUUGCUCUUUAAUUGAAUUUAUCUUAAAUAAGUUUAAGAAGUCAUUGGUUGCACCUCUGAUAUUUAUUAUAAAAUAGGCAGUGACUUUAUUUGCCCUAAUAUUGCUGUAAUCUACUGACAAAUUCUUUAUGUACCCCAAUUUUCAUCCACUUUCAAAAAGUCUACAAUUUCAUUAAAAAUAUGUUGAAAUGGUAUUUAUUUGGGGUAUUUAGUAUUAACAGGAUAAAAUUAUGAAAUUAAUACAGAAGGCAUCGUAGAGAUAAUAAAAUAUUUUCGUUACGUUUAUGGGAAUAUUAGAAACAAAUUUAGGUAAAAUUGCUGAUAAUAGAAAAUUUUCACUUAUUAAUAUUAAGUAUAUAAAAUAUUAUAAGAUAUUGUACUUAUAGCUUAAAUACUUUCUCAACGAAAUAUGUGUAUGCAAUCUAAUAUAGAGUUUUUGGCAUUUAAGAUUUUGA